UUGAGAUAAUAAUCAUUUAUCAGCUUCCAUAUCGCUAUAGAUAUUCCUUAGCACCUAGUAUCGUUGGCAACAAUUGCAUAAAAACAGUAUAACAACAGUACAACGAACCAAUCCCACAUUCAUAUCUACUCGACAACGAGUUUUACAAACAAAACAACUUGUUAUCAUUCUGAACCCACACUCAACGGCGUUGGCAAGCACUUUAUUGUUUUAAUUUCAUAAUAAAUUAUCAAGGAAUUUAUAAUAUUGUAAAACUUUGUGAUUGUGAUAUUAACGCGAAUAACAUCCAAGCUCUUAGACACGACAGUCUUGCGCGAAACGUUGUUGUAGUAGAACGUAAGUGGGUUAACAAUAUGGUUUCGAAAGGAAAAGUGAAUGAAGACCUACAAAGAGAGAGACAGAAAUGUGAUUUCAAUGUUGAAGAACUGACAAAUUAUUUGGAUGGAAGUGUCAAGGAAACCCAUGAACGGAGAGAGUUAGAGGCCAAAGUCUUAAGUGUAAAGGGACUUCUAGAUGAAGUGCCAGAAGAAUACCUCAGUCAUAAGGAGAAAUAUGAGAAUGCUGUACGCAAGAGCGUCAUACUGUUUAAAAUUCUCAAAGAUAUGGAAGAUCCGAAUGCGAGCGAAAUUGAGAGAACAAGGAGUAAGUUUAAAAAUCGCGUGGUAUCUGCAGUAUUUAAAGAUGCAAAUCCAUUCUCUCUACACUACGGGAUGUUCUUGCCGACUCUCAUAGGACAAGCUGAUGAGAAGCAGAAGGCGUACUGGUUGAAAAGGGCAAUGAACGACGAAAUUCUAGGCAGUUAUGCGCAGACGGAACUCGGUCACGGCACGUUUGUCAGAGGGCUGGAGACGACAGCUACAUACGACCCCAAGACUGAAGAGUUCGUGUUGCAUAGCCCCACUCUCACUUCCUACAAAUGGUGGCCUGGGAAUUUGGGUCACACAGUAAACUAUUGCGUGGUGAUGGCCCAACUCUACACCCAGGGGAAACACUGCGGCAUGCAGCCUUUCCUGGUGCAAGUGCGCGACGAAGAGACCCACAUGCCUCUUCCCGGGAUCAAAGUUGGAGAGAUUGGGGCUAAACUAGGAUAUAACACUGUUAAUAACGGUUUUCUGGGCUUCGACAAUCACAGGAUACCUAGAGAUUGGAUGCUUAUGAAGAAUGCUCAAGUUUCUAAGGAUGGCACCUUUAAAGUUACCGGCGAUUCCAAACUGACUUAUGGCACUAUGGUCUUCGUACGAGUAGUAGUGGUCAAUGCAAUGGCCAAUCUACUUGCGAAGGCUGCUACUAUUGCCAUCAGAUACGCUGCAAUAAGGAGGCAAUCCCAACCCAAACCAGGGGAACCAGAGCCACAAAUCAUGGAUUACCUCACUCAGCAGCAUAAGUUGUUCAUCGCCGUUGCUUCUAGCUAUGCUUAUAGUACCACAGCCCAGUGGUUGUGGGAUUUGUACUCAAAAGUCAUUGGCGAAAUUGAGGCUGGCAAAUCUGAUCAUUUACCUGAGUUGCAUUCAAUAUCCUGCUGCCUUAAGGCAGUGAGCACAAUGGAUGCCCUUGCUAUGACGGAGAAGUGUCGAACGGCGUGUGGUGGUCAUGGAUAUAUGUUGUCUUCCAACCUGCCGCAGACCUAUGGUUUGGUGGCUGCUGCUUACACUUAUGAGGGGGAGUUCACCGUGCUUAUGUUGCAGACUGCUAGGUCGCUCGUAAAGGCAUGGGACCAGGCUGCGAAAGGACAGAAAUUGAGUCCUAUUAUGUCAUACCUGGAUGACAAGACACCGCUUCAGAAAUGGGACGGCUCUAUUGAAGGCAUCGUACAGGCCUUCCAGAAGGUUGCCGCAGGAAAGUUGGCGUCAACCGUGGCCAGCAUCAAUAAGUUCAGGAAAUCCGGUAUGUCACCGGAAGAUGCAUGGAACAGAGCAUCCAUUCAGUUAGUUGCUGCUUCAGAGGCCCAUUGCCGAGCGGUCGUCCUAGCCACAUACAAGCGCGAGACUGACAGGAGGACUGCUUCCCUCUCGCAGCCUCUGAGGAGGGUCCUCCGUCAACUCGUGGAGAUGUACUGCGUAUACUGGGCGCUGGAGAAAGUUGGCGAUCUGUUACUGUAUACUCCGAUAUCGCAAACGGACGUGCGAGACCUUCAGAAUAGGUACGAGGAGCUACUAGAGCUAAUACGACCAAAUGCUGUGGGGCUGGUCGAUGCAUAUGACUUUAAGGAUGAGAUCCUGAACUCUACCCUGGGCGCGCACGACGGGCGCGUGUACGAGCGUCUGAUGGAGGAAGCCCUCAAGAGUCCGCUCAACAAGGAGCCCGUCAACGACAGCUUCCACAAGUACCUCAAGCCUUUCAUGAGGGGAAAGCUGUAAUUACAGACUUGAAAACCAAAGCUACUUUAAAACUACUUUGUUAAAUACUUAAUAUAUUGUUGUAUAUUUUUACGUAUUUUCAUGAUUGAUUUUUUAGUUACCCAUAUUCUUAGUCCUAAGUACUCAUUUGUAAAUAAUAAAGAAGCAAUAAAUAAAAUACAAAAGCUGAA